UUAGUGAUGAUUUGUAAUGCUCAGAUGAACUUUUUUGUGUGACAUAUCACUGUACCUAAUUUGAUACAAGAUGCUUUCAUUUUGUGUGUGAUAUUUUUAAGGCCAAAUAAUAAGGACAUUUUGUGUUAACCGUUUUCAAACUGAACCUCUGUUGUGAAGACUAAGGCGGCAAUGAAAUACCGUAAUAUCCAAAGCAUAGUCCGAAUUAACUGAUUUGUUUCCUUGGUAAAAAAAAAACCUGGCACAAAGGAAGGAACGUAAUUUAAGACUAUAACAGCAGCCACAAAAGUCAACAAUCGGCAGAAGGGCCGGGUAGUCUCCCUGACCAACAAUUAGAACCACAACUGGAAAAACUAUCAGAAGAGCAUCAAAACAAAAUACAAAGACUGCGUCACAGGCGAUCUUUUAGAGCUGCAGAGACAUUACAGCAAUUGAGCACCAAAAUAAACCAAAUGCAGGAUCUGAAGAACGGAUGAGGGGAAACCAUUAUAGCUUGUUAUUCUAAAAAUGAAAAAUAGAUUAAAUUGAGCAUAUAAUGUCAUGCAGUCCACCUGAGCACAGAUGAUGUUGACCAGCUACAUUUCAGCCUUGCUGAUGAAUAAUGGAUAAAAUACAGUUUUUGCCUCUGGUAGCCUAUGCUAUGAAGAAAAAACUCUAAUGUGUUUAAAUGCCAAAUAACCUAUACUUAUGUCAUAACAUAUGAUACGUUUUGCACGGAUCUAAUGAAACAAGCAAGAACAACGGAUUCAGGUAUUCCCAAUUCCCUAGAUAAAUUAAUGUAAUGUAACUAGAAACUACAAACAGGGGUUUUCCCCUAAAGUCAAACCAUGAAUUUCAAAAUAAUAUCAUGUUUAGCAUGACAAACGUUUUAGGCAACAAGACUACAAGGUUUGGUGCUCUAUGUGAGGCUGUGCUUAAUGCUAACAUUAGCACCCGUACAGUGACAAUGCUAACAUGUCGAUGUGCUAGUAUUAGCUAAUUAUCACUUCAUCUACAUUAACACAAAAUACAGCUAUUUGCUGAUAAAACUUGUAUUUUGCCUCCAAACUGAAAACAAAAGUUUACUAAAAAUUCCAAAUCAGAUCAUCAAGACCAGCCUUUCAUUGACAGGGUAUAUCCUAUAUAUCCAUAUCUAAACUCAUGUGGCUUUUGUUAAACAGAAUACCGUGCCUACAUUUGUGACCCAGUACUGUGUGCACCUUGACAUUCCAAUUAAUCUAGCCUCAUUAUUUGUUCCUUUGACUUCUUACACCUUAUCUAAUCUGGUGCCUCUUAUUAUUGAUGUCGUAAAACAUAUUCUGUGUGGCUGAACACAAUGCUAUUACUACAGACAAGGGUGUACAGUUGGUUACUUUAAAGGUUUAGAAUUAAAGAAAAGGCCUUUAAGGUUUCCAGAAGAGGAAACCAUUGCACCAAUGAUGAACAGUUAUGAAGUAUGAUGAACAGUUGUGAGUUUGUGUUUCUGAGGAAGGGACAGGACUAAGUAUCCCCUGCACUUCGUCAUUUGUUGACCAUGAACAGCGCUGACUUCACUGCUCCACUAAUAGGCAGUCGAAUCUACACCUGGGAGAAAAGAGUGAGCUGCAGGUGAUGUGAUGAAAAGUUAAAGUUAGCAGCUGACAAAUACAAAGAGUCAUACUGAAGCGGAAGUGAAAAAGGCAGAUAACAGCCGCCACAAAAAGAAGCUAUUCAGUGUAACUGAAUGGGGCCCCUGUCUAUUUUUAUGGCAAUGUAAACCUGACUAAUAUAUGAAAAUCAGUUAACAGUAAUUAAGUAUAUAAAAAAGUCACCAGCCUCUUUUAAAUGAUAUAAAGUAAUUAAGGCUCUUUCCGAUUAAUCAUUAACACAGUAAUGGCAUGUUUGUGCUGUCUGUGGUAGAGGGCUGAGGCAAAGGUGCAUCUUUAUCUGAUGGACAUCUUCUACAAAAUGCUUGUAUAAUCUUGAGGUCAGUGUCGCAAACAGUUGCAAACACAGAGUUUACUUUCACAAAGUGACAAUGCUUAGCUCUGUGGGCCUGAGCCUUUUGGUGCUGCUUUCAGCGAUGGAAGCAGCCACAGUAGAGAGAGUGGAGUAUGACUACUACAAAUACCAUACCAUGCCGGAGAUCACCAACUGGAUGGCUCAGCUUGAGAAGGAUUACCCUGAUGUUGUGACCAUAGUGGAAUACGGACAGACCUAUGAGAAGAGAGUCAUUAGCUUGCUCAAGAUUGGCCUGAAUACUGGAGAGAAAAAGAAAGCUAUCUGGAUGGACUGUGGUAUACACGCCAGGGAAUGGAUCGCCCCGGCCUUCUGUCAGUACUUCGUCAGACAGAUCCUGCAAGCACACAAAACAGACCCCAAAAUGCAAGAGAUGAUGAAGAACAUGGACUUUUAUGUCACCCCUGUACUCAACAUGGACGGCUACAUGUACUCCUGGAAGGACAACACAACUCGACUGUGGAGGAAGAACAGGUCACCGGGACCACCAGGCUGCGACGGUUACGGCACCGAUCUCAACCGCAACUUUGACGCCAACUGGGGCACGCUUGGAGUAUCAUUUAACUGCAGCUCAAACACGUACUGUGGGAGCCAACCUGUGUCCGAGCCCGAAGCCCAGGCUGUGACUUAUUUUGUAGGAAGCCGGAAAGACGACUUCCUGUGUUUUCUCACCAUCCACUCCUACGGCCAGCUGCUUCUGGUUCCCUAUGGACACCCCAACUUCACUGCUUCCAACUACAAGGAGCUGAUGGAGGUGGGUUUGGGUGCAGCAGACGCCAUUAGGAGUGUCCACGGGAUGAACUACACUGUAGGAACCUCACCGGAUGUAUUGUACGCCAACUCUGGUUCAUCCAGAGACUGGGCUCGGUUUCAGGGGAUCCCUUUCUCCUACACCUUUGAGCUGAGAGACGACGGGACAUUAGGCUUCCAGCUUCCUGAGGAUCAGAUCCAGCCGACCUGCGAGGAGGCCUACAGCGGAGCCCUGCACAUCAUCACCUACGCCCACGACAAGACCUUUAAUGGUGCCGUGGCAACCGCUGCUGCAACCCUGUGGACCAUGCUGUUAACAGUGGGCGUCACCGGCACCACCCUGAUGUGAGGAGCAAAAAAGUGCACGAGGGAAACUGACCAAAGCUGUAUGGCUUUCAGUUCCAGUCAUCCUACGUGUGUAGUAAGUGUGUAGUUUAAGCUUCAAGUUAGUUUUAGAAACAGUUCACAUUUUUUAGGACACAAGGUGUUUUUUUUUAAAUCCUCAUUUUAGGCAAAUUUCUGUUGAUAAAUGAUCAAUAGUAUAGAAAUGUAUCUGU